UUUUAAAGCUUAAUUUUACCAUGAUUUUAAGCUAUUUAUGGAUUACAUUGACUAUUCGGUGCUACAAAUUGAAGUGAAUGGAACCUGAAGCGCCGGACGCUUCAUAAAGCAGCCGACAGGGGGCGUGAAAAGCAUCACCGACCCAUUGAAUGACAUCCAGCUGAGUGGGAUGGAGCACGGUGCGGGUUAGUUCACCGACUGGCACCGGCAGCAUACUCCGGACCCCCCAGGAUUGACAGACCAGGCUUUACGCAGUGGUUCCUCCCCACGGGCUUUCUCUCCUCUCUUUCCCGGUACUCUUCUGGAGCUCCGCUGGGACAUUGUCUGAAAAGCAGCCCCGGACGGUCGCUCAGCUCGGGUGGACGCCACCGGCGAAACGAGGCACCAUGCCGGGCUCGGUGCCCAUCACAUGCCGACCACCUCCGCCAGGUCACAGGCACCACGCAGCUCAAGGCGCAGAAACAGCAGCGAUGUCCGGCGCAGGUUCACUGGUGCUCCCCGCUGGCAUCAUCGACCCUUCUGUGCCAAUUCGUGACAUUAAAACCAAAUUUCUCGUUCUCACUGGACUAAUUCAAGCUGGAGAGGUUAGCAACCGAGAUAUAGUUGAAACUGUCCUUAAUUUGUUGGUGGCUGGCGAGUUCGAUUUGGAGACCAACUUCAUUAUCCAAGACGCGGACGGCAUCGGCUGCCUGCCGGCGCUGCUGGAACACUGCGACGUCACCUGCCAGGCGGAAAUCUGGAGCAUGCUCACGGCCAUGCUACGGAAGAGCGUGCGCAACCUGCAGAUGAGCACGGAGGUGGGCCUGAUCCAGCAGCUGCUGCUCAGGAUGAGCUCGGUGGACGACAUGAUCGCAGACUUGCUGGUGGACAUGCUGGGAGUGCUGGCCAGCUACAGCAUCACGGUGACAGAAGUGAAGCUUCUCUUCAGCAUGCUGCAAGGGGAGGGCGGCCUUUGGCCCAGACAUGCCGUCAAGAUGUUGUCGGUGCUCAAUCAGAUGCCGCAGAGACACGGGCCAGACGCGUUCUUCAACUUCCCCGGCCGCAGUGCAGCUGCCAUCGCUUUACCUCCGAUCGCCAAGUGGCCUUACCAGAACGGCUUUACGUUCAACACCUGGUUCCGGAUGGAUCCCUUGAACAACAUCACCGUCGACAAGGACAAACCCUAUCUUUACUGCUUUCGCACCAGCAAGGGUAUCGGCUACUCCGCACAUUUUGUGGGCAACUGCCUGAUUGUCACGUCCCUCAAAUCCAAAGGAAAAGGUUUCCAGCAUUGCGUGAAAUAUGAUUUCCAACCAAGGAAGUGGUACAUGAUCAGCGUCGUUCACGUCUACAGCCGCUGGAGGAACAGCGAAAUCCGUUGCUACGUCAACGGCCAACUGGUUUCCUACGGAGACAUGGCCUGGCACGUCAACACUAACGAUAGUUACGAUAAAUGUUUUCUGGGAUCCUCGGAGACGGCCGACGCUAACAGAGUUUUCUGCGGACAGCUGGGAGCAGUCUACGUGUUUGGCGAGGCUCUGAAUCCCGCACAGAUCUUUGCCAUCCAUCAGCUGGGCCCAGGCUAUAAGAGCACGUUCAAGUUUAAGUCUGAGAGCGACAUCCACCUAGCGGAACAUCACAAGCAAGUCUUGUAUGACGGCAAGCUGGCCAGCUCCAUCGCCUUCACUUAUAACUCCAAGGCCACCGAUGCACAACUCUGUCUGGAGUCUUCGCCCCGGGAAAACUCCUCCAUCUUUGUCCACUCGCCCCAUGCACUUAUGCUACAGGAUGUGAAAGCCACAGUGACUCACUCCAUCCACCGCGCCAUCCACUCCAUCGGCGGCAUCCAGGUCCUCUUCCCUCUGUUUGCUCAGCUGGACUACCAUCAGUUAAACGACAGCCAAGUGGAGACCACUGUAUGCGCUACUCUGCUGGCCUUUCUGGUGGAGCUGCUGAAAAGCUCUGUUGCCAUGCAGGAGCAGAUGCUUGGAGGAAAGGGCUUUUUGGUGAUUGGAUACCUCCUAGAGAAGUCGUCACGGGAGCACAUCAGCAGGUCAGUGCUGGAGCAAUUCCUCGCCUUCGCUAAAUAUCUCGACGGGCUCACGUUCGGGGCGCCACUGCUCAAACAGCUAUGUGACCACAUCCUGUUCAACGCUGCCAUCUGGAUCCACACCCCUGCCAAGAUCCAGCUGGCUCUCUACUCGUACCUCUCCUCCGAGUUCAUUGGCACGGCAACCAUGUACAACACCAUUCGACGAGGAGGCACGGUGCUCCAGCUAAUGCACACUCUCAAGUACUACUACUGGGCCAUCAACCCUGCAGACGGCAGCUGCAUCAUCCCGAAGGGUUUAGAUGGUCCAAGGCCGACCCAGAAAGAAAUCAUCUCUCUGCGGGCGUUCAUGCUUCUCUUCCUCAAGCAACUCAUCUUGAAGGACCGAGGUGUGAAGGAGGACGAGCUGCAGAGCAUCCUCAACUAUUUGUUAACAAUGCAUGAGGAUGAGAACCUGCACGACGUGUUACAGCUGGUGGUCGCCCUCAUGUCUGAGCACCCCGCCUCCAUGAUCCCCGCUUUUGACCAGAGGAAUGGAAUACGGGUGAUCUAUAAACUCAUGGCCUCCAAGAGUGAAAGCAUUCAAGUGCAAUCCCUCAAAGUGCUGGCGUACUUCCUCAAGCAUUUGGGACACAAGAGAAAGGUGGAGAUCAUGCACACUCAGAGCCUCUUCACCCUGCUGGGAGAGAAGCUGCUGCUGCACAGCGGCGCCAUGACAGUGACCACCUACAACACGCUGUAUGAGAUUCUCACCGAGCAGGUGUGUACGCAGGUGGUCCACAAACCGCACCCUGAGCCUGACUCCACUGUGAAGAUUCAGAAUCCGGUGAUCCUCAAAGUGAUAGCGACUCUAUUGAAGAACUCUGCCCCCGGCCCAGAGCUGAUGGAAAUCCGCCGCCUCUUCCUUUCCGACAUGAUCAAACUGUUUAGCAGCAGCCGAGAGAACAGACGAUGCCUGCUCCAGUGCUCCGUGUGGCAGGACUGGAUGUUUUCCCUGGCCUACAUCAACCCCAAAAACAGCGAGGAGCAGAAGAUCACAGAGAUGGUCUACAACAUUUUUCGUAUCCUACUGUACCACGCCAUCAAGCACGAGUGGGGGGGCUGGCGCGUGUGGGUGGACACCCUCUCCAUCGCCCACUCAAAGGUGACAUAUGAGGCCCACAAGGAGUACCUGGCAAAUAUGUAUGAGGAGUACCAGCGUCAGGAGGAGGAAAACAUCAAGAAAGGCAAGAAGGGUUUGGUCAGCACCAUCUCAGGUCUGUCUGCUCAGACCUCUGGCAUCAAAGGUGCGGUCGAGAUCGGAGAAAUAGAUCCAAACUCCCAGUCGCCGGGGAGCCAGGGGGAAUACGACGGCGUGGACUCCCUGGCGGAAGGGCGUGGUCUACAAAAUGCAGCAGACGGCGUCAGCGUGGAAGUCCAGCAUCUUCUGGUGGACAUCAAGGCAGAGAAGGUGGAGGCUACAGAAGUAAAGAUGGACGACAUGGACACUCCGGGAGGCUCCGAGAAUGGAGCGCUAAUGGAGGUGGACUCACUGCUGGAUAACGUUUACUGUGCCGCAGUGGGGAAGCUGAGCGGUGUGUUGCUGCCAAAGAGCAGCGUAGACGAGCAGAGCGCGCCUCCUCUCAUCACGCUGGACGAUGACAAAGAAGGCGUCCCUCACAGCAACAAUUUCUUGUUCUGCGAGGCCAACGUGGAAAAUGCUUUGCUGCCCGACUUGAAUCCAGCUCAACCCUCAGCGUCAUCUGACCCACAACCGCCAUCUUCCUCCAGUGCCAGCAGUGGACUGGGCCUUCUGGCUCACAUGACCGGAAGCUCCGACUUUGUGUCCUUACCCAGCAUUUUGGAAAAGGACGAGUUGGAACUCCAGGCAGCUUUGGAGGGCAUCGACCAUGUGGCCGCCGCUCAACUUAAGGCUCCGACCUCCCGCACAAGUCCGGAAGCGAGCCACGGAAGGGUUGUGGCGCCCUCUAAAGGUGACAUUCCAGCUGCUUGGAGCAGGAACACGGUUCAUGUGAACGCCACAAACAACACCUCGGAUGAGGACGGGAAGGAGAUGAAGAUUCUGACAACAGCGACCACACGGAGUCUAAGCGGCCGCCUUGCCGCUCCUGUGGACAGUUUGGACUUCAGGGGUGCGCCCAUGUCGGAGGACCAGCGGCGUCAGUUCAGCCCAGGCCCUCGCACCACCAUGUUCCGCAUCCCCGAGUUCAAAUGGUCGCCUCUGCACCAGAGACUGCUGGCCGACCUGCUGUUCGCCCUGGAGAGUGAUGUCCAUGUGUGGAGGAGCCACUCCACCAAGUCCGUCAUGGACUUUGUCAACAGCAGCGAGAACAUCAUUUUUGUCCACAACACCAUCCACCUCAUCUCACAGAUGGUGGACAACAUCAUUAUCGCUUGCGGGGGAAUCCUCCCUCUGCUCUCAGCUGCCACCUCUCCUUCUGUGGAGAACAUAGAGGCCACGCAGGGCAUGUCCUCGGAGACCGCCAUCACUUUCUUGUCCCGUCUGAUGGUCAUGGUGGACGUGCUGGUCUUCUCCAGCUCGCUCAAUUUCAGCGAGAUCGAGGCAGAGAAAAACAUGUCUGCCGGCGGCCUGAUGCGUCAGUGCCUGAGACUCGUGUGCUGCAUGGCUGUGAAGAGCUGUCUGGAGUGCAGGCAGAGACACGCAGACUUGGGGAGAAAGAUGUCUGUUCCCAACAACAACAAAAGCCAGGAAAUGCUGCUGAAUGCCGUGACCCCCGGCAAGGACCCUGAUCGCCUCUUGCAGGACGUGGACAUCAACCGCCUGCGUGCUGUGGUGUUUCGUGACGUGGACGACAGUAAACAAGCUCAAUUUCUGGCUUUGGCUGUGGUCUACUUCAUCUCCGUCCUCAUGGUGUCCAAGUACCGAGACAUCCUGGAGCCGCAGCGUGAGACUGCCAGGACAGGCAGCACGCAUCGGGACGUCAACUCCCCUAUCGUCACAGAACCACCACAGACCUUUACCAACAGAAGUGACCACUCUUCACCACCGGAGGAGCCGUUCCUCCGCCAAGCCGACUCGAAUAUCGCGGCGGAGCAGGUCGUCCGCGUCGUUAAUGGAUCCGUCGCGGGUUACGGCCCAGACGGCGCGGUGAGUGAGCUCCUCUCAGCCUUGGAGAAGAAGUCCCUGCAGGGUCUGUCCGAGCAGCCCGCCGUGGAGGUGAUAAAACAUCCGCCGCCCUCCUCCGCCCAGCCCGUUAACAAGGGGCUCAACGUUAAGGAGAUUCUGAAGAGCCUGGUGGCGGCGCCUGUGGAGGGCGUGGAGGCCGGUCUUGAGCCGCUGUCCUGCCCGGACUCUGCCGCCAAGGCCCAGACCGUUCUGCCCAUGCAGUUCCACUCCUUUGACAGGAGCGUGGUGGUGCCGGUGAAGAAGACGUCCCACGGAGGCCUCGCCGUCAAUACAGUGGGUGGAAGUCCUUCCUCUGGCCUGGUGACCCCCAAUUUAUUCGCUGCUGCCUCCGUGACCCCCAAAAGCAUGAUCAACACCAUGGGAGCUGUCGACGCCGCCGCCGCCUCCUCCACGCCCUCGUCCUCCGGUCUCGUCAAUGGCGCCACCAGUAAGAAUCUACCAGCUGUGCAGACCGUGGCGCCCAUGCCUGAAGACACGGUUGAAAACAUGAGUAUCACGUCAAAGCUGGAGAGGGCUUUGGAGAAGGUGGCACCGCUGCUGAGGGAGAUCUUUGUGGACUUUGCACCCUUUCUGUCACGCACCCUGCUGGGCAGCCACGGACAGGAGCUGCUGAUCGAAGGUCUGGUGUGCAUGAAGUCCAGCACGUCCGUCGUGGAGCUUGUCAUGCUGCUUUGUUCCCAGGAGUGGCAGAAUUCCAUACAGAAGAACGCCGGCUUGGCCUUCAUCGAGCUCAUCAACGAAGGAAGGUUACUGUGCCACGCCAUGAAGGACCACAUAGUCCGGGUGGCCAACGAGGCAGAGUUCAUUCUGAAUAGACAGCGAGCCGAAGAUGUCCACAAACAUGCUGAAUUUGAGUCCAACUGCGGGCAGUACGCCGCUGAGAGGAAAGAGGAGGAGAAGAUGUGCGACCACCUGGUCGGCGCCGCCAAGCACAGAGACCACGUGACGGCCAAUCAGCUGAGGCAGAAGAUCGUCAACAUCCUCACCAACAAGCACGGCGCCUGGGGGAUGCUGGGCCCGAGGCCGCCACACGACUUCUGGCGUCUGGACUACUGGGAAGACGACCUGCGGCGGCGGCGGAGAUUCAUCAGGAACCCGCUGGGCUCCACCCACUUGGACGUCUCCUGCAAAACCCUGCAAGAGUACGGUACAGAAGACGACGAGCUGGUCAAAUCGAAGACUCCCGUCCUCGGUCAAACCGCCACGAGCCAGAACCCUGAAACAGAUCUGAUUCUGGAGGGAGACGACGACCCGGACGGCCUGUUGCAGGAGAAGGAGGCGGACAACCUGGGCAGCGCAGUGGUUCUGAGCAGCCCGGCCCAGCUGGUCGCGCCAGGCCUGGUGGCCAAGGGGACUUUGUCCAUCACCACCAGCGAAAUCUACUUCGAGGUGGACGAGGACGAGCCGGCCUUUAAACGAGUCAGCCCAAAGGUCUUGGCGUACACCGAGGGUCUCCACGGCAAGUGGAUGUUCAGCGAGAUCCGCGCCCUCUUCUCCAGGCGUCACCUUCUGCAGACCAGCGCCAUGGAGGUCUUCAUGGCCAACAGAACCUCAGUCCUCUUCAACUUCCCCGACCAGGCCACUGUGAAGAAGGCCGUCUACAGUCUUCCUCAAGUGGGGGUCGGGACCAGCUAUGGACUACCUCAAAACAGGCGAAUCUCGCUGGCGAGCCCUCGGCAGCUUUUCAAAGCGUCCAACAUGACGCAGCGCUGGCAGAGGAGGGAGAUCUCCAACUUUGAGUACCUCAUGUUCCUCAACACCAUUUCAGGCAGGACUUACAACGACCUCAGCCAGUAUCCCGUCUUUCCCUGGGUCCUGGCCAGCUAUGACUCAGAGGAGCUGGACCUCACCCUGCCGGCCAACUUCAGAGAUCUCUCCAAGCCUGUCGGCGCUCUCAACCCGAAGCGUGCCGCCUUCUUCGCCGACCGCUACGAGUCAUGGGAGGACGAUCAGACGCCACCUUGCCAUUACCGCUGCCACUGCUCCACCGCUGCCUCCACGCUGCACUGGCUCAUCAGGAUGGAGCCGUUCACCACAUUGUUUCUGAGCGCCAACGACGACAAGUUUGACCACCCAGACCGCGUCUUUUCAUCCAUCAGACGUUCGUGGAGGAAUUGUCAGCGGGACACCUCCGAUGUGAAGGAACUGAUCCCAGAGUUCUUCUACCUGCCGGAGAUGUUGGUCAACGCGAGCGGGUACCAUCUGGGGAUGCGCGAGGACCGCGUCAUGGUGGGCGACGUGGACUUACCGGCCUGGGCCAAGACCCCCGAGGAUUUUGUGAGGAUCAACAGAAUGGCCCUGGAAAGCGAGUUUGUGUCAUGUCAGCUGCAUCAGUGGAUUGACCUUAUUUUCGGCUACAAGCAGCGAGGCCCCGAGGCGGUGCGCGCCCUCAACGUCUUUCACCACCUGACCUACGAGGGCGCCGUCAGCCUGGACGCCAUGGCUGACCCUCUGAUCAGAGAGGCCACAGAGGCUCAGAUCCGGAGCUUUGGACAGACGCCAUCUCAGUUGCUUAUUGAGCCACAUCCUCCACGCAGCUCCGCCAUGCACCUGAGCCCGCUGAUGUUCAAAGACCAGAUGCAGCAGGACGUGGUCAUGGUGCUCAAGUUCCCCUCCAACUCUCCUGUCACGCACGUGGCCGCCAACACGCUGCCUCACCUCGCUCUGCCCGCCGUGGUCACGCUCACCUGCAGCCGCGUCUUCGCCGUCAACCGCUGGCACAACACGGUCGGCCUGAGAGGCGCACCAGGUUACUCCCUGGAACAAGCCCAGCAUCUCCCCAUCGAGAUGGACCCUCUGAUUGCCAACAGCGCUGCGAGCCACAAGCGUCAGAUCACGGACUUGGUGGACCAGAGCAUCCGGAUCGGCACCCAGUGCUUCGUGGUGACAGCUGACAACCGCUACAUCCUGGCGUGCGGGUUCUGGGACAAGAGCUUCCGCGUGUACUCCUCUGAGACAGGCAAGCUGACCCAGAUCGUGUUCGGCCACUGGGACGUGGCCACGUGUUUGGCCAGGUCCGAGUCCUACAUCGGCGGCGACUGCUACAUCGUGUCGGGCUCCAGGGACGCCACCCUUCUUCUGUGGUAUUGGAGCGGCAGGCACCACAUCAUCGGAGACAACCCCGUCAACACUGAUUACCCGGCGCCGCGGGCGGUCCUCACGGGUCACGACCAGGAAGUGGCGUGUGUGGCGGUCUGUGCAGAGCUGGGUCUGGUCAUCAGCGGGGCCAAAGACGGUCCAUGUUUGGUCCACACCAUCACAGGAGAUCUCCUGCGAGCUCUGGAGGCUCCUGAACACUUCAGGUGUCCUCGCCUCAUCUCAGUGUCCAGUGAGGGACACUGCAUCGUUUACUACGAGGGAGGACGCUUCUGCAACUUCAGCAUCAACGGGAAACUUCUGGCCCACAUGGAGAUCAGUGACAGCACCAGGUCUGUCCUUCUGAGCAGCGACGGUCACAAUCUGGUGACGGGCGGCGACGACGGCGUGGUGCAAGUGUGGCAGGCGUGGAACUUCAAGCGGCUUUACGUGUACCCGGGCUGCGACGCCGGCAUCAGAGCCAUGGACCUGUCACAUGACCAAAGGACUCUGAUCACAGGCAUGGCUUCAGGAAGCAUCGUAGCGUUUCACAUCGACUUUAACCGCUGGCAUUACGAGCACCAGCACAGGUACUGACCGAGGACCAGGACUCUCCCUGGUAGACCGGCCAAGACACCGACACGUCACACAGCUGGGCGG